AUGGACCUGACGAACGUGCUGAAUAACAGAGGAGGCACCAUCGUACAACACCAGCAUCACUUUGCAAACGACUUCAUGAAUCAACAACACCAUCUUGCCUUUGGCAAGCCCGAACCAGAUAUGGAUCGCUCAAACUCGCCGCACAUGUCCGAUCAUUCGGCCUAUUCCGCCCAUACCAUGCCGCGAUCCUACCACUCUCCCGCUCUCAUGCAGGCGCCCAUGCACAUACCGAGCUCCAUGUCCAAUAACAUGCACGUGCAAGGCUUUCCCGAUAUGCAACAUCUAGCAGCGGUUCCCAACAUGGCCAUGGCGCACAUGCCGCCUCCCGCCCCCAUGGACGACGGCAAAAAGCAAAAGACACACCAAUGCAGCACCUGCGACAGCGCCUUUGCCCGCCGAAGCGACCUCAGCCGCCACGAGCGCAUCCACUCGGGAAACAGACCCCAUGCCUGCGACGUCUGCGGGAAACAGUUCAUCCAGAGAUCUGCCCUGACCGUUCACAAGCGUGUUCAUACCGGCGAGAAGCCCCACCAGUGCGAGACGUGCGGCAAGAAGUUUGGCGACAGCAGCUCCCUUGCCAGACAUCGACGAACCCAUUCCGGCCAGCGACCCUACGUCUGCCCCUUUGCCGACUGUCAAAAGACGUUUACGCGUAAAACGACAUUGACACGACACAAGAGCAACCAUGUCGGCACUGUCGAGCAAUCUGCAGUCGCCCGAGCUGCCGCCCUGGCAAGCGCAAACGCCAAGAAUCUCAUCCAGCCUCGCUCCGAUGGCGAUCACCUUUCCAGCCAUGGCUCGCCUCUUACUACGCCUUCGCCUGCCCAGCGAGCCAUGUCCAUGUCUCCUGGCAUGGACAUGGCGGCUGGCAUGAACCGCCAUCCUGCUGAUUUCCAGUACCUUCAGCAGGCAGGACCUCUACCUGCCCACCUUCGUGUUGGUAGCCCUGCGUCGACAUCGAGCGGAUACAGCAACCCUGGUAUGCGCCCGACCUCGCAUCCCACCAGCUAUGUGCCGCCGCAUACGCUCGAGCCCAGUGUUGAGCACCACCAGCAGGGUUCAAACAGCAGUAACGGUGGCAGCCCUCACAUGAGCAAUAUAGGAUGGCCGUCGCCGUCUCAGCACAUGCAGUCACCUUCUCAGCACAUGCAUUCGCCGUCCCAGCAUAUGCAAUCGCCCGCUCAGAAUGUUGCUGCUGGCUACGUGUAUCCUGAUCCUGAUACAUAUCCUCCCAACACGGCUGCCAUGAACCAAAUGUACUACAACCCGCCGCAGCAAAUGCGACGGACUCAAAGCACUGAACCAGGGCUGGUCCACAUGGCCUAG